GAUAGACUGCUUACAAGCGCGCUACAGUACACUUCAGUAUUACCCAGGAGAGAGAGAGAGCACAUCAUGACUGACUAGCAGAGAGAACGAGUGUGAGAGCGAGAGGAGCUACACUCCUAUACCUCCAACUGAGGUUCAGCCGAUUCCUGCGCGAGACGCCCCUGGGAUUCCGACCUGUCCCUGGAGGAGGACCAGGAGGCGUCUCGGCGUGAAGCCGAGCGCCAGGCUCAGCUGCAGCUGGAGAGAGCCAAGACGAAACCCGUGGCGUUCGCGGUGAAGACCAACGUGAGCUACUGCGGCGCCCUCGAUGAGGACUGCCCGGUCCAGGGAUCCGCCAUUAACUUUGAAACCAAAGACUUUCUACACAUAAAAGAGAAGUACAACAAUGACUGGUGGAUCGGACGGCUUGUGAAGGAAGGGGCUGACAUCACCUUCAUCCCCAGCCCGGUGAAGCUGGAAGCCAUGCGCAUCAAGCAUGAGCAGAAGCAGGCCGCCAGGAAGGCAGGCAACGCUGCAUCUGGAGGUUGGCGGUCUACCCCGCCAUCUGCAGCCAAACAGAAGCAGAAGCAGACGGAGAUCGUGCCACCCUACGAUGUUGUUCCAUCCAUGCGACCGGUGGUGCUGGUGGGUCCCUCCCUGAAAGGCUAUGAGGUAACCGACAUGAUGCAGAAAGCGCUGUUCGACUUCCUCAAACACCGGUUCGAUGGCAGGAUCUCCAUCACCCGGGUGACUGCCGAUCUGUCCCUGGCCAAGCGCUCCAUCCUCAACAAAAAGGCCAUCAUGGAGCGCUCCAACACACGCUCCAGCAUCGCUGAGGUCCAGAGUGAGAUUGAGAGGAUCUUUGAGCUGGCCAAGACCCUCCAGCUGGUGGUCCUGGACGCAGACACCAUCAACCACCCAUCCCAGCUCCUCAAGACCUCCCUGGCCCCCAUCAUCGUGUACGUCAAGGUCUCUUCGCCAAAGGUCCUCCAGAGGCUGGUGAAGUCUCGGGGGAAAUCGCAGAGCAAACACCUAAACGUCCAGAUGAUGGCCGGGGACAAGCUGGCUCAGUGCCCCCCCGAGAUGUUUGAUGUCAUCCUGGAUGAGAACCAGCUGGAGGAUGCGUGUGAACACCUGGCUGAGUACUUAGACAUAUAUUGGCGGGCCACUCACCUCCCUGGUUCCGCCCCCCUCAACCCCCUAUUGGACCAGAGCGUGGUGACCCCGCCCUCAGCCAACUCCAGCCAACAGUUUUCUGAGACACAAGAGUUAAUAGAAUGAUCCAUUCCAGAAGGACAGGUGCAGCCUGAGCUGUGACUGAGAUCCUGAGCAGCAGAACAAACCGUAGAGCGCAGUGACCGGGGGGGACCACCAGAGGGCAGCAGCUCCCCUUCGUCUCUCCAAAGCCAGCAGCCACCACCUCCCCCAGGCCAACCCUUCUCUGGCCCCGUAAGACACAGGGGCACCUGGGCCGGAGACAGUGGGGCAGUGAACUGUCUCCGGGUUCCCAGACGACGUGAGGAUAAGGAUGAGGAUGAUGAUGAUAACGAUGAGGAGGAUGAGGAAGAUGAGGAUGCUGUACUGGAUGACGAUGAGCGAAGAGAAGAGGAGAAGAUAAGGUUGAAGACUUGCUUCAGCUGCUGCUGAGGAGGAGGAGGAGGAGGAGGAGGAGGAGGAGGAGGAGGAGGAGGAGGAGGAGGAGGAAGAAGAGGUGGAGGUGGAGGUGGAGGUAGAGGAGGAGGAGGAGGCCAUGCCUCACUGCUGCCCCCUAGGGGAGAUCUCCCCCAACUGUGUCUCCCAAUGCUGUGUGGCUCAGGGUUGAUUCUACCACCACACACCUACCUGGCUGGCAAACUGGGACGCAGAGAGACAACCACUGACGUACGGACAGACCGACCGACGGACCGACAGACAGAUGGACAAAUGGACAGACCAACGAGCAUGCCACCCACUCAGGCCAUGACCCCCCCCCCCCCCCCAUCCCCCCCACCGCCCCCCCCCCCCUCCAGGUUGUGUAUGCGCUCACACUCAGGGCACACAGUCCCACAUGCAUAGGGACUUGCUCCGCACUCAUAUCGGAUACACACGACACAAAGUGUGCAUGUGUGUGAUCAUGUGUGUGUGUUUCUGUGCGGUGAUGUUUUCUUUUAUCUACACCGGUCCUGUUUGUCUUCCCUUUCCCACAAUUCCCGGUGAGCCACUCCUCUUCCUCCAGCUCCUCCUCGUCCUCCUGUUCAUCCACAUGUUUGCUUUAAGGCACACCAGACUGUAGCAGAGUCAACACACACACAAACACACACACACACACACACACACACACACACACACACACACACACACACACACACACACACACACACACACACACACACACACACACACACACACACACACACACACACACACACACACACAUACACACACAGGCACAAAGGCACACAUCCGCACAGACUCCAGAGGUAAAUAUUCCCUCUUUUUCUUCUAUUUUUCUUCUAUUUAUUACCGUUUGGAUUUUUUUUGUUUCAAUUUGUUUAACAAUUACUGUAACCACUUCCGUUUUGGUCUCCUGAAUUCUCAUCACAGAUGUUGGUAUCGCAGCCACUAAUCAAUCGGCAUUACAUUACAAACAUAUGCAUGAAAAGCACAAAGUUACAAGUACAAUUCAGAAUAGCAUAGUGUUUCAAGGCUUGCUUCAAUUAAUUAGCAUUGAUUAGCAUGUUAAUGUGGGAGCAUUAAAAUGCUAAUAGUAUCGCGAGGUAAACAGAUUUAAUCACAGAGCGAGACAAGUCUGGCAACAUUUACUAUAGCCAUAUUUUAAGAUUCCUCUCAGUAAAAUUCAGAUGUAUUUAUAAUAUAGUCUAAUAUUUGUAAUUAUCAAUGGCUAAAACAUUUCUAAAUAAACACAGAAAAGCAAUAUCAUCCUAUGUAGCCUAACUUUUGCUUGCAAUUCAACUAUUUGAUUGAACUCCAUUAAUCUUAACCACUGGGUGAUUAAUUCAGUUACAUCUGUACCAUAUUGAUAUUGGCUGUUUGACAGUAAUUGUUUUGUGAAAAAAAAAUACUGGAAAAUUACAACGGAAACAAAACAACUAUCGUCAAAAGGGUAGGCCUACCAUAAAAACCAUUAGGAAAUGUUAAUACACAUUAGAGUAGAAUAGAACGGCUUUCAUGCAUAAUAACAGUAAAAGGUUAACCUUACAAGAGCACAUGUUUGCACAUGAAUUGAAUUGUGUGCUCAUUUCUACAUUGUCAAGAAUGUAUUCUUGCAUGCCUUACCACCAGAACAGCCUCCAGCGUCUGGCCAUACAGGCCUACAGUAGCCUACAUUCCACAAAGGUACCGUCACGUUCUGCAACCCAGCCGGGGUGAUGUCAACCUGAAGCCACCCGUUUGUUUUACUACUCAGAAAAAAUAAAUAUUUGUGUUAAACUCACACUCUCUGGAUACAUGAUGCAUAGAUACAAGUCCAUGACCCUAUUUCAAUGCGUUAUAGAGGUUGAGUCAAACAAACGGCGUGGAGAUUUGGCGCCCUCUAGUGGGAUGUUCAUGAAACUUCGCUUGUUUGGUUAUCUAGGCUCUUAAUGAUCCACGUUUUCUUUACACGAAGUCGAUAACUUUAUAUCGAUAACAAAAAUUUAUGACCAACAAUAAGUUAAUGAGAUAGAUGUACAAUUCGAAUAGUUAAUGUCACAAUGGUUAACAUUUCAACUAGCUUUUAGCUUAGAUGGAUCUGGGCAUAUCUGUAGUCAAUGCUGUUUGAUAUUGAUUUAAAUAAUGAUAUCAAUCCUAUCCUACCUGAUACAUUUUACAAUUAUAAAAUGCCGGCCAGCCCGUAGCUCCGACACAGCGAGCUAUUAUUGAGUUAUUUUAAUUCUGAAAUUCUCCCACCUAUACUAACUGGGAGGGGCUCAAUCUUAAACAUUACCGCUUUAAAUAGUGUCAUUCAGUUAAUUCUGAACUCGACAAUAUAGUCUAUUCAUUAUAUGUUUAGUCAUUAUAAAUAAGCACUAAUUUGGUCAUGUAAGCACAAAAAAAAUCACACAUUAAGGCAACUGGCUUAAUAAUUAUGCCACAUAUAAUUAUCAAAAUGUAUGUGCAUGGAAUGGCAUAUUUUAUUCUUCUAAAAGAAGGGCUGUUUAGGACCAUCAUCACAUUAUCUUUCAAUGUCAUACAGAGAAAAUCUACAUAACCAAUCACAAGUAAACAUUAUCAUGACGACUUACCAGUUAUUUGUACAUAUUGUAUAUUCAACUUUCAGUUCUUCCUUGAGUAUUAUCAGGUUUCACAGAAAGAAGAAAUGCAGACCUAUAAUCCAAAGCGUUUCAUCUGCAGUACACAAUUCCCUCAUCAAAACCUCAGAAAGCAUGUAUUUUAUAAAUGUAUAUUUAACAUUGUCUUUUUUUAUAAUAAUGCGCUGUAAUUAUUUGCAACCACCUGUCAAUUUGCUGACAUUCGCUUGCCCAUGGGUUCUUACUUGACAAUAGUUUGAAAUACAUCCUCUUACACAAAAUGACUCUAAGCACAGCACCCUUAAUUGUAAUCAGCUGCUUUUGUCGCUGAAAUUUGAAGUACCAACUUUGGACAUCCAAAGCACAAUAUUUUAGCUAUUAUAAUUUCACCUUUUUGAUUUUUGGUUUUUACAUGCCUAAAUUCUGUAUGCAAUACAAAGUCUAGCGUUGACGGGCACUAGCUAAGACUAUCAAGAUAUCUCUUCAGUUAUGUCGAGGUAUAAUUGCACUACUUGCAUUUGUAUGUCUGAUAUAUCUCUAAUGCAAUAACUGCACUAAAUGUAAUGCUGUAGCCACCUCCAGUACUGAGUAUGCUGUCAGGUCUGAUGUCCACAGGUCCCCAUGGUCUAAGAAAAAAUGUUUAACAAUAUCCAAGUAUGUCAUUAAGAUGUGGAUGCAUAUAUUGUCAGGAACAUAUUGGAAAGAGGAGGUUAUAAAAAAUAAACAUGACAUUUUAAUAUUG